GCUACGAAAUGCUGGGAGGUGAUGGUGAGAUUGUGUGUGAGGAGUCACAUGUGACUUCUGAUGAUGAGAAUGCUACUGAUAGCGAUGAAAUGGAAGAGCUGAGUGCUGAAAUACAGCAUUCUGAGUCAUCAACAACUGAUGAGGAAGAUGUUGAUAUGUUGAAUAGCGAUGACUCGGUUGAGUUGAGCGCUGAAAUGGAGAUGAAAGAGUCAUCUUCAUCUGAUGUUGUUGAUGUUGUAGAUGUUGCUAUCGUGGAUAGCGGAGAAGUUGGAGAAUUGCAUACUGAAGUAGAACCAAUAGAGUCAAACAUGAUUCUUGAUAAAGAAAAGGUUCUUAUAGAAGGUAGUGACAGAAGUGGCCAAUGCUGGUACUUCAAGAUUGAUUUGAGAGAGAAGAAACUUCUGGCCAAGUCCAAUAAAGGUUUCUGUUACAUCGUGAGACGCCUAUUUUCUGGGUGUUUCAAACGGAAAUAAACUGCGUGUACCCAAAAUUAAAGAUACACCGAUUUAAGACUACCAAACUAGACGAUAUUUCCCGAUUUUGUGACUCCAGAAACACCCUUUCGUGACUUAAAAGUAUGCAAUUCCUGACCUUGUGACUUUUUCUCGUCUCGAUAUAUCCCAACUGUGACAUUUACCGACUGUGACAUUUACCGACUGUGACAUUUCCCGACUGUGACAUAUCCCGACUGUGACAUAUCCCGACUGUGACAUAUCCCGACUGUGACAUUUCCCGACUGUGACAUUUCGAGACUGUGACAUUUCCCGACUCUGUGACUCAAAACCUAGAUAUUACCCGAAUCAAGACUUACCUAAACUAGACGAAAUUUCUCGAAUAUGUGACUAUAAAAGUAUGAAGUAGUAACUGUAAAAGUACUGACUGUAAGAAAUCGAAAUUUUUAGACAUUUCCCGAUUGUGUGACUUUAAAAGUAGGCGACUUCAUCUGCAUCUGUGACUAUGAACGUAGAAUGCAUUGCCCAAAUGUGAUACUCUUAAAAUGGACUAUAUUGCCCCAAUUGUGUGAAUUUUAAAAUAGACUAUGCGCAAUUGUGUGACUUCUUUAAAUAGACACUGCACAGUUGUGUGAUUUUUAAAUGGACAAUGCACAAUUGGGUGACUCUUCGAAA